AUGGUCUUCUUCUCACUUAAAUUUAAGUUCAUAGCUGAACUUUUAAGUCGUUUCAACAUGCUGGAAGCAAAGGGAGUCUCAACACCCAUGUCCACAACUGAACCACUCUUGCUUAAUAAUGGUUCACCUCCUACAAAUGCCAAGGAAUAUCGACAGGUAAUAGGUGCUCUCCAAUACCUUACAAACACCCGACCGAACAUAUUAAUUGCCGUCAACGGGCUUGCCCAGUUCAUGCACCUUCCAUCUAUUAAGCAUUGGCAGGCUGCCAAGCGUCUUCUUAGUUACUUGAAGCAGACAAUCACCCUUGAACUGCACAUUAGUCCAUCUGAAACAACCAGGCUCACAACUUACUCUGAUGCUGAUUGGGGUGGUGAUCCAGAUUCCCGUGUCUCUGCGUCGGCUUACAUUAUUUUUUAUGGUAGUAUUCCUGUAAGCUGGAGUUUCAGAAAACAACACACCAUUGCUCGCUCCUCAACUGAAGCUGAGUACCGUGCAGUUGCUUCCACAGUUGCUGAGCUCAAUUGGUUAACCCACCUGCAUAAUGAGCUUCAUCUUUCCCUCAAGCACACUCCCAUAGUUCUUUGUGAGAACAUCGGUGUCACAUAUCUUUGCAAAAACCAAAUAUUUCAUAGUCGCAUGAAACAUGUUGCCAUUGAUUUUCACUUCAUUCGUGAUCAAGUUGAAAAGAAAUUAAAGUGA